UAUUCAAGGAUAGUUUUCAAGUCUAUCUUAAUACAAUAUUCACAUGCCCAUAUGUAUGUUGAAAGAGCUAUUGGUUGCUGUAAAGGCCUUAGUAUACUUCCAAAUGCUUCUUGGAUCGACUAACAGCACAUGAAACCCCCUUUCCAAUGGUGGAAUUGGCAUUCUGAACACUUUAGCCUUUGACAUGGUCGGACAACACGUCAAUUUGUUUGAAGCAUACAGAGGUCUUUGGCAUUCCUCCUGUUCAUACUAGCACUGCAGUGUGUUACGGACAGAACUGGCCGGAGACACAAGGCAGGUAUAGUUUAUUUUAACACAGGUGCGAAGAUCGGGAAUGGAGGGAAGUAUACAGUCUCUUGAAUGGAGGUGGCGGAGCACAGAGGAGAAGAUCCACACGGGUUAGGAGACUGGAGAAACACUCACGGCUGAAGAGAGACACAAGGGACCCAGAGCUGGAGAGAAGAACUCACGGAGGCCUGGAGACACACGGAGACUGGAGCCGAAGAGAAUGACUCGGAGGACAGGAGCACGUAGGAACCGGAGAAGAGAUACUGGGUACUGGGGUGUGAUCCGCAUCAGCAGGAAUGGCUGGCACACACUCCUCAACUUCCUCUUUCACACGGGGCUGACAUUUGGAGUUUUUGCUGGGGGCAUCAAUCAGAUCAACUUACCUUUCGUGUGUCAAAUUGUUGGCAUCCUGCUCCACUAUGCUUCUUUGUCUACCAUGCUGUGGCUGAUGUGUACUGCUAGAAAUAUCUGUAUAGAUGUGUCCAAAGACCCAAUCCGGGCCCAGGAAAGGAAUGGGCCAGCCCAGACUCACACCAAACCAACCAUCCUCAGAUUUUAUCUUGUAUGUGAUGGAAUCCCUCUCGUAAUUGUUGGAGUUACAGCAGCAUUCGGUAUGGAUAACUAUGGUAGCAGGGAUGGUGCUUUGUAUUGCUGGAUGGCAUGGGAACCAAGCCUGGGAGGUUUCUAUGCCCCCAUGACUCUUCUGGUCUUAGUCAUGUCUGUGUACUUCUUGUGCACCUACAUCCAGCUUAAACGCCACCCAGAGAGAAAGUAUGAGUUGCGAGUUCUGAGUGAAGAGCAGCAGCAGUUAUCAUCCAGUGAGUCAAACCAUCACCGCCACAUUGACACUGGGGGAGUUUCUGGGUCUGCUGGGGACUGUCUCCCAUUUGCAACAGGCGUGUCGGUUCUGGCCAAUGAGCACUCAUUUAAAUCUCAGCUCCGGGCCACGGCCUUCACCCUCUUUCUGUUCCUGGCUACCUGGGCUUUAGGAGCGUUGGCAGUAUCACUGGGACAUUUCUUGGAUAUGAUAUUCAGUUGCCUGUAUGGGGCUUUUUGUGUCACUCUAGGACUCUUCCUUCUCAUCCAGCACUGUGCCAAACGUGAUGAUGUAUGGCACCGCUGGUGGGCCUGUUGCCCCUCCAAGUCCAAGACAGAGGACCAGAAUGGGGACGGACAGAGUCAGAGGCAGGAGCUUCAUCAGCCACACUGCCACCUGAGCUCCCCAUGCUCAGGCAAGCAGCCGCUACUCUCUUCUCACCUUGUGCAGAGUUCUUACCACAAAAUGACACCAACUCCCCAGAGCCCCAUACCAUGCUAUGUGGCUGUGAUGAGUCCUGUUACCACACCUCAAGCUGAGCCAGUACCCUCCCCACAUCCACAGUCGCUUUCUGAUGAGCUCCCUUGUCCCACUCUGCCUCUACAGAGCUGCCUUAAUAACAGAACAAAGUCACGCUCCUUCAACCGCCCACGCCCAUGCCUCCAGGACUACCAUUCCCACAUGACUUCCACCAGUAUGGAUGGGAGUGUGCACAGCUCCCACCUGGACAGCCCUCACGCUGCGCACCACCUUGAAGGCUGGCCACUGGUUUCCAACAGCCCACAUUCAGACCUCCAGCUUCCCUGCCCCAGCCCUCACUUGGAUAAGCAGCUGGCUUCCUGCCACAGCUUGCAACGCCAGACCUCCUGCCACAGUGUACAAGACUCAAUGACUUCCUGCCACAGCCAUGCACACAACAUGCAUGACAGCAUUACCUCCUGUCACAGCCUCCUCCUGCCUUCUCACGGAGUCCACACCUGCCAGUGGCACAUGUACAGCUCAGCUGAUCACUCUUCCACUACAAGCUGCUGUGAGAAACCCGAUCCCUUUACCUUGGAAAAUCAGGACGACCCCGACACAUACAACUGCAUGUCAAAGACAACGGCUAAAGAAAAGAAUAAUCUCUGCAUAGAGGAUGAGCAGAAAGGUUUCCCAAGAAAUACUCUGCCUCGGCAGCAUGCCACUGUCAGCCGGCGAGGUACCAUCGGCCGAAACAGGAGCCUGCAGGAAGACGGCCUGUUUGGUUCAGAUGCCACAGGAAACAUACGGACCGGCCCUUGGAAAAAUGAAACCACUGUAUAGUUUUCUUAUGCUUGUACUUGCCAGACCUUUCAGCAUCCCUGAAACUGUAACACCUACUCUCUAAGUGGUUGGGUCUUAAUGCCUUCAGCUUUGCCCUUAAACCACAGGUCGAGUUUUCAGUGAGGCCUCGUAUCCCGAAGAUAUUUCAGAGCCCUUUAAGUUAUCAUUAAAUCAGUUUUUACAAGGAAUAUUCAAAUGCAAGAACGGUUCAAUUAAUAUUCUGCUACAUGCAGUUUAAAGUGGCAAUCAGUAUUGUAUGGCUCUAUUGUAUGGGGCACAGUGGUUCAGUAGUAAGAAGAUAACAGCAAGAAGGUCCUGAGUCCAAACUCCAAGUUCCAGUUGGGGCCUUUUUUGUGUGGAGUUUGAGUGCUCUCCUCGUGUUUGUGUUAGUUUCUCAAUAUUCCUCCUACAGUCCAAAGACAUGCAGGUCAUGUACAAGGAAUACUCCUACCGAGAGGUCCUCACAGAUUCAAAACUUUGGACCUGAUCCCAAACGGACCAGUAGAAAAUGACCCAAACUCAAUGUGCAUUAAUACAUUUUCAAAUAAAAGGGUUAGGGUCUCAGUUACUAGGAACCGCAUGGACCUGUUAAGAUCUCUAUUCCUGCCAUUGCCCUUGACCAAGGAACUGGAAUUUUUAAACAAAAUUUCUAUUUACAUUUGACUCAGAAAUUUUAACCAGUUGGCUGAGUCAGUGUUUCCCAAUCACAGGCAGUACUUUAACAUUUUUCUUAUUCAGAAAAAAGAAAACCAAAAUAAAUAUAUGCUCUAAAGAUACCCAUAAGCUCAUUAGCAAACAACUGGGAGAAUCUGAAGCUCUAUUCAUCUUUCAUACUCACUUAGGUUUUGGAGUAGAGGUCUGUAUCAGAUCCAACAUGAGGUCGACCGAAAACAGACCGCAAUAGAGAGAAAACACCACUGGCAGCAGCAAGAUGCGCAUGUUUUUGUACCAGUCUUACUCAUUUUAAAUAGAAUUGUAUACCUCAAUCCUGCAAAACUGUAUACCAAAUUUGGUGUUGAUACAGUCCAAAUCCAAAAGAUAGUCACAUUACUGUUUUUCAGAUUAUGCAAAUUAGCAAAAAAUCCAUCAUGGUGGCCUUUAGUGUCCAAGAGGCUUUUUUGUAGAGCACAUUGAGUUGGAGAUGCGUGUCAAAUUUCAAAUCAGUCGGACUCACGGUGUGGGUCAAAGUUUUUUUUUUUUUUGGCUGUUAUAUAUAUUAUAGCGCCACCAUGAGGCUGAUUGGGAUCAUAUUUGUUGUGAAGCAUUACCACAUAAUUUCUAGUUAUUGGGCCAAGUUUCAUGUCUCUAGCUCGUUCCAGCUCAUGGCAAAUUGAGUGACACAAAAAAGCAGCGAGAGAGAGAGAGAGAGUGAGGCAACAAUGAAUGCACUAAAAGAAAAAGCUUGAAGAGCUCUAAAUGCAAUUAAGAAAAAAAUAUAUUAUAAUUAUCUUGAAAUUCCAAUUAAAAUUUGUCUUAAAAUAUUUGAUAGUGUCAUCCAGCCUAUUGCGCUGCAUGGUAGUGAAGUAUGGGGUCCACUUAGUCAUCAUAGCUAUACCCGACAAACAUCCAACAGAAUCUUUACAUGCAGAAUUCUGCAGAUACAUUUUACAUGUACACAGAAAAACACCAACAAAUGCAUGUAGAGCAGAAUUAAGCAGAUACCCACUGAUAAUUAACAUUCAAAAGAGAGUGCUCACAUGUUUUAAUCACCUUAAAUCCAGCCCCCUAAACACCCUCCAUUCCAAAGCUCUCCAAACCCAAGAGCUGAGCUCAGAAAAGAGUCCCCUAUGUCAGCUGGUGCUGAGACUAACUGCCCCCUCUCAGACACACUGUGACCAGUCUCACAACAACACAGCUUUCCAAACACAAAUCUGAGUUAACCAAAUUAUAACACAAUGUAAAGAAACCUAAUUGGCACAUUGGAAAGAAGAAACAGAAAAGAGAUUAUAAAUUGGCAGAAUAUCUCUCUACUUUCAGAUAGAAAGCAGAGACAGAUCCUAACCAAGUACAGGCUUAGUGACCACAAACUGCCAAUUGAAAAUACAAAAACAUUUACUUUAACAUGUUCAUCUCUGUAAUUUCAGGUUUCAAAGACCUAAACGACCUCUCAAAAUUAAAAAUACUCCUAGGAGAAGGAGACAGGGCAUAUCUCGUUGCCCAAUAUAUAUCAUGCCACAACCUCUAAGGGACAGAGAUGUUUUUAGUUUUCACUUUUUGUAUUUGUAUUUUAACUGCAAGUCUACAAUUUAUUAUUAUUAUUAUCCUAUCUUACUUAUCUGUGUAUAUUUUUAAUAUCACAAUUAUUCUGUUUACGUAUCUUUUUAUUUUACACAUGCUUUGGCAAUGUUAACAUUAACACUACAAUUACAAUUUUACUAUUUACUAUUACUAUCUCUCUCUCUCUCUCCCAUUCUCUCCCAAACCCAGGUUUCUGCCUCAUAAAGGAAGUUUUUUUCUUGCCACUGUUGCCAAAUGCUUGCUUAUGGUGGGAUUUGUUGGGUCUCUGUAAAUAAUAUUAUAAAGAGUACA